AUGGUCCAGAUCAGCGAAGUCAAGGGCAACAAGCGGGACAACCGCACUGCUGCCCACACGCACAUCAAGGGUCUUGGCUUAAAGUCGGACGGACGCGCUGAAAAACAUGCGGCCGGGUUCAUCGGCCAGGUUCCCGCUCGGGAGUCAUGCGGCGUGGUUGUCGACCUGAUUCGAGCUCACAUGAUGGCAGGCCGAGGCGUGCUGCUCGCCGGGGGCCCCGGCACUGGCAAGACGGCUCUCGCGCUGGCCAUCAGCCAGGAGCUCGGGACAAAGAUCCCCUUUUGCCCCAUUGUCGGCAGCGAAAUCUACUCGACCGAGGUGAAGAAGACGGAGGUGCUGAUGGAGAAUUUCCGACGAGCCAUCGGGCUCAAGGUCAGGGAGACCAAGGAGGUGUACGAGGGCGAGGUGACGGAGCUCACGCCAGAAGAGGCCGAGAACCCGCUGGGCGGCUACGGAAAGACCAUCAGCACGCUCCUCAUCGGGCUGAAGAGCGCCAAGGGGCAGAAGAAGCUGCGCCUGGACCCGAGCAUCUACGAAGCGAUCCAGAAGGAGAGGGUGACGGUGGGCGACGUCAUCUACAUCGAGGCCAACACGGGAGCGUGCAAGCGAGUGGGCAGGUCGGACGCCUACGCGACCGAGUUUGAUCUCGAGGCCGAGGAGUACGUCCCCAUCCCAAAGGGGGAGGUGCACAAGAAGAAGGAGAUUGUGCAAGAUGUGACGCUGCACGACCUGGAUGUUGCCAAUGCCAGACCGCAGGGGGGCCAGGACAUCAUGAGCAUGAUGGGCCAGCUCAUGAAACCCAAGAUGACCGAGAUCACGGAGAAACUGCGCGCCGAGAUCAACAAGGUGGUCAGCAAGUACAUCGACCAAGGCGUGGCUGAGCUGGUGCCGGGUGUCUUGUUCAUUGACGAGGCACACAUGCUCGACGUGGAAUGCUUCACCUAUCUCAACCGGGCGCUGGAGUCGCCGAUAGCGCCCAUUGUGGUGCUGGCGUCCAACCGUGGAAUGUGCACCAUCAGAGGCACCGAUGACAUUGUCGCCGCCCACGGCAUUCCAACCGACUUCCUGGCCAGGCUGCUCAUCAUCCCCACCGCGCCCUAUCAGCCCGACGAAAUCAAGCAGAUUGUGCGCAUACGGGCGUCCACCGAAGGCGUGGCCAUCACGGACCCGGCUAUUGACAGGAUUUCCGCCCAUGGCGUCCGGGUUAGUCUGCGCUAUUGCUUGCAGCUGCUCACUCCGGCCAGCAUUCUAGCAAAGGCCAACGGCCGCUCACAAAUCGAUGUCCAGGACGUGUCCGAGUGCGAGGACUUGUUCCUCGACGCUCGCCGUAGCGCCUCACUCCUGGGCAGCGAAGCGGGACACGGCUACAUUUCGUAG